UCUGGAAGUUUCUGCACCGUUUAUAAAGAAAAUAUUCGGGGCGCAUUGGGCUGAGUUGAGACGGAGGACAGACCGAGGACGCGCACUUCAAGUUCAUUAACAGUAGUCUACGAGCAGCUUUAACUGCCACUUAACAGGCCUGCUGGAUGGUCAAAAUGGGUAAAGACUACUACGACAUUUUGGGGAUUAAGAAAGGAGCGUCAGAGGACGAUAUAAAGAAAGCGUAUCGCAAGCAAGCUCUCCGCUUUCACCCCGACAAAAACAAGUCACCGGGAGCUGAGGAGAAAUUCAAAGAAAUUGCCGAAGCUUACGAUGUUUUGAGCGACCCGAAGAAAAAAGACAUAUACGACCGUUUUGGAGAAGAAGGUCUUAAAGGAGGAGGCCCCUCAGGUGGUGGCGGUGUUGGUCCUGAAACCUUCAGCUACACCUUCCAGGGUGACCCUCAUGCCAUCUUUGCAGAGUUCUUCGGUGGACGUAACCCUUUUGAACAGUUCUUUGGUGCUCGCAAUGGGGGCACGGACGAGAACAUGGACACUGACGACCCUUUUGCCCGCUUUGGGAUGGGUGGCGGCGGAAUGGGCGGGUUCCCUCGCUCUUUCAGCUCUGGUAUGGGAGGACUGGGGGGUCAAAGUAGCGUUGUAAAGAAAAACCAGGAUCCGCCUAUUGUUCACGACCUCCGGGUGUCCUUGGAGGAAGUUCUGUCGGGUUGCACAAAGAAAAUGAAGAUCUCCCGCAAAAGGCUGAACCAUGACAGGCGAUCGCUAAGAACAGAAGAUAAAAUUCUGGAGGUGCAGAUAAAGAAGGGGUGGAAAGAAGGCACCAAAAUCACAUUUCCCAAGGAGGGCGAUGAGACUCCGACAAACAUUCCAGCUGACGUGGUAUUUGUGCUCAAGGACAAGCCACAUCCGGUGUUCAAACGUAACGGCUCUGACAUUGUUUACACAGCCAAGAUAUCACUUAGAGAUGCCUUGUGUGGCAGCACAGUUAACGCACCCACAUUGGACGGCAGAACUUUGACAGUGUCAACAACAGAUAUCGUGCAGCCAGGGAUGAAGCGGCGCAUUAGCAGCGAAGGGCUGCCUUAUCCCAAACGCCCUGAUCGUCGUGGUGACCUAAUAGUGGAGUAUGAGGUCAAGUUCCCAGAACGGCUCAAUCAGAGUGCCCGGGAUACCAUUGCUCAGGUCCUCCCACGGUCGUAAACAAGACAAACAGACCUCCAGGACUUAAGAAUUAUCGCACUAAGCUGCCAACUACUUUUUUAUGUCUAUCAUCACAUGGACGUUCAUGUGGAGUUAUAAAUCACAGCAGACAUAAAGGACAGAUUCAUGGGCAGAGCAUACUGUGAGUCGUCCUUAAUGUAAAUACCACCUUGGCAAAAUGCUUACAGUGGAUUACUGCUACAUUUCACGGGCUAGAAUGUAAAUAUGGCCAAUAUGCUUUGGUGUUCUGUUUACUGAAUAAGAUUAUAUUUUGAUGAAAGUAAAUGUAUUAUACAAUAAAAAAUAUAUGUAUACUAUUCUGUGGGUAAUAAAAA